CGCACAACAUGCACUUUAAUUACGAUGAUAUGGUAUCUGCUUUAUGUUCUACGAGGGUAAGUGUGUCAUGUUAUUGGUCAAAGCCAACUCUUCCCCAUCCUAGGUGACUGCAUUCUAUUUCUUACUAUCGUGCAAACAGAACUUUGAACCCACCCAUACUUCACGAUGAUCACCAGCUUCACAGAUGGAUGUCCCAUCUCGGGAUGGUCAUGGCACGGCACGCACUUGCGACUAUCGCCGUUACGGUGUCAAUUGGCACAUAUCUUUCGUUGCCGAUCCUGUAUCUCCGCCAGCCACCCUUCUCCUCGAAAUACCCAAAUCUCUCGGGCCAUGCGUGGACGUCAAUCCUGCCCUUUCCAGGUGGAGAUAGUUUGAUUCCAGAUAUCUCGAUCAAGCAGCUUUGGAUUCAGGGCAGCUGGAUUAAGGCCUUGGAGCGGGAGACCCUCCUCGAGGCAGUCGACAUUCAAGAGGCGCUCCUGGGACCAAUCUCGAGUUGGGCCACGACACUGUUGCGCCAUGAAGGUACUAGUGGUAUCCUCGGAGAACCUGCCAAGCGCAGUGCGUUGGAAUCCGAUGCGGCUGUCUCCUUCAUCCACUCGCCUCUUCUAUACUGGAAUGGUUCCGCAGCAAUCGAAUCGACCGACUCCAUCCUGGCUGCAAUCAACAGUCCUAUAACCCGAAAAUCCCCUGCAAAUAUCACCCUGACACCGGCCUCGGUCUUAUUGGAACCGGUGUGGUCGGGCGAUAGACUUGUUGCAGCUGACGCACUCGUCGUGAGUCUCUUCUACAAGGCGGGAUCUCGGGCUGGGGAGAUAUGGAAUGAGCGGGUGGCGGCACUAACGGAAGCUGGCGAGGGCAGAUGGGACAUCUAUAUGGAUGAUGAUGGUGGGACAGGAAGCAAACUCUUACAGUAUCAGUCUCGCCUGGUUAGUGCUCAAGAUGAGGCUAUAUUUUUUGGCGCCUAUGGCCUGGUGGCACUUCUCGUCUUCCUGGGUUUAAGAAACCUAAAUUCGUUGAGAAGCAAGAUCGGUUUAUUGGUAGCGAUUGCUGUGAAGGGAUGCUUUUCGAUUUGCUGCAGUUUUGCAGUUGCUACAUAUUUCCACCUCGACAUUUCCAAUAUUCCUCUCGAGGCAUAUCCGUUUAUCGCUCUUGUGGGAGCAUUAGAUAACAUAUUUCGACUCAUCCAUGAAGUAGAAAGAACACCUCUUCUAGAUCGACCUAAACGCCGAUUAUCUAUAGCACUGGGAUCCGUAGGACAUUUAUUGCUUAUGGCAGUAGUGCAGAAUGUUUUUAUUCUUUUGAUCUUAUCAAAGCUGCUCCCUCCGGGCUUGGCCGCUUUCUGUUAUUUUGCUGCGCUCUCUCUAGUAAUUGACAUGCUCUUCUUUUGGUCAUUCUUUGUGGCGAUAUUAGCUAUCAAUUUGCGGAACUAUGGAAUACAAGAUUCGUUCGAGAAUGUAGGUCAGCAUCGUGAGGGCACCGAGGACGUUAAUGGAUCAGCUAUUCAUGGAUUCAAUCUCCAACAACGAAGAGAUACUACUUGGCGAUGGUGGCAGGCUAUAUUAUAUUUCGUAAGAGACCAGGGAACAGUUGCCAUUCUACUGUAUAUUUCCAUGCUGGCUUGGCACUUCACCCCUGGAAAGAUCUCAUUUAACUUCAACCAAGAGUUUACGUCUGCUCCUGGCCUGGGUAGAACCCAAAUAUCACCAAACUACCCGACUCGCCUCAAGACUGUAUUGGGACAGUCAACAGAUUCAAGGGGUUGGCUCGAAAGUCAGGACUACAACACGAUGAAAGAAAUACACCUCUUAGCUGAUGCUCGAUUACAGGGCUUUGUUGCUAGAAUCUACAGCCCUUUGAUUGUUGUGCCAAAAUUCACGAACAGAAACGUGUCAUUACAGACGAAGAUAUCUAAGUCGUUCCUAAUAAACAGUUACACACCCACGCAGUUCUGGCUAUAUAUUGUUGCCCUCUGUUCCCUAUUAGCAUUCUUUGUCUCGAAUUACUCGUCCCAUUCCAAACAGGACGAGGAAGAAACACGAAUCCAAAAACCCGACAGUCUCUGUUCUGUCCGCUACCUCCCUCAUGGUCACACCUUGGACGUUUACAUACUAUCUACAUCUACCAAGCCCUAUCUAGCAUCGAUAGGUUUUGACCAUGAGAUUAGAGUUUGGGGUUUGAAGCCAAAGAAUAUCACCAGCCAUCUCGCCACUUCUUCUGAGCUGGAAAGUCUAUGGCCCGCAGCUGCUGUUGCUAUUGACGACAAGGGGGAGUGGCUUGCUAUUUGCUCUAAGCGAGGCGAGUCCUAUGCUUUUUCGUACCAGGAUUUCUCCCUGAUUGUCAGCACUCAACGUUCUUAAUGGUUGGCGCAAAUGGCAUUUUAGUCAAGGUCGAAGGCAAAGCUGAAGAUGUUAUAUUACACCAAAUCUGCGCCAGGCAAAUUCGAUCGUCCCACCUCAUCUCUCACCGGCAUGAUCCGCUGAGACUCAUCUCGGUCACUGAGGAUGACGAGAUAUAUAUUACCGUUAACCGAGAAAACGGCUGGAUGUCCCAGGCUCUCCAUAUCCCGUUAACUACUUUGCAACAGCCCUCGCGGUUGCGCUUCACUGUCAUUCCUGAUCUGAAAAUGGUUGGGUUGGCGUUUAACAUGGUCACAUCUCAAUUGUAUCUAAUUGACUUUCUGUCAGCUUCUCCGAUUUAUGUCUUCCAACCUAAGCCAUUUAUACAUAGUACAUUGAGGACUAUCCACUCCCCACCUCAGCAGUGUCUCUCGUGUGGAGCAGUAGCACUUGUAUCAUUCUCGAUCGCAUACAGUGAAGUUCAGGAUGGACGAUUCACAAUGCUCACACUGUCUGCGGAGCCAAAUCCACGUAAAAGGAUAGGAUUGUUCUGUCUCCGUGCGGAAAGAGACGCUAGGGAGAGGAGAUGUAUCGGGUUUCACGGUAGCACAGAAAAUUCUUACUCCAUGUCACAAGCAGGGGCAUGGGAAGCCACUGCUUCCAAUGGCGUGGCUGGAGUAAGACGAGCAAUUCCAGAUGUCCAGGUCGUGCGUGAGGGCAUACGAAAUGGCAUACUAUUCAGAAGAGGAGAGAAAAGGGCUCGGAAAGAGCCCAAGCUAGACGAGGAAGGAUGGGAAGCCUGGACGAUGACUGCAAGAGGAAUAAUCAACACCCAUCCGCUCCAGGUCGAGGUAGUUACAAGUAGGGUUGGCCCGAUAAAACCAAUUGGAAGAAACGCAAUUGCUGUGGGCUUGGCGGAAGAUAUAGUCCUAGUACAAUUUGGGGACCAGAUUCAUGAUAAUGACGACGAUCAUGGCGUGGUCGUGAGAAGAUUGCCACAUGCAAGAUCGGCAGGCAGAUAUAAGUCUAGUUAAUGAUAUCAUAAAUACCUUUAAGCAA